GAAAUGUCUAUUUUGUUAGGUUCGUGUAGGUUAAUGGUUAGUGUUUGUUGACGUUGUUUAAAAUUUUAUUUUCCAACUCGAAUAUCAACAAAUGUAUAAAAAAAUAACUUUUAAUUUCCCCUAAAGCAAAAAAAUUGGAGGCAAAUCAAGUCAAAUAAGUCGAGUUAAUCGUCAAGGUAAUGCACAAACGUAUUUGCCACUACCAACAUGCAUUUCCUUGCAAUUUUCAUACUACUAUUUACUGUUUAUUGCCAAAAGGCCGAUACUAUUAGGCCAGAGUAUAAGGCAAAUAACAGAAGUGACGUUAUACCUCAACAACAGCUUGAUCAGAAACAGAACAACCAGCAACCUGUUGUAAUGAGUAUCAAAGGCCCUGCCGAUCGAAAUCUGGACGUUAAAUUGCCACCGCAACAAGUAACAAGCCCUGGCAAGGGUUCACCAACAGACAUUAGUCCUACAAGUAUAAAUCAUACCAGCAACCCCAAUACUAAAAGCGUUGGUCAAAUCGAUCCGGCCUUAGAGGAGGUAAACGAAGUGGAAUCAGGCGCAAUUACACGUGGAAUUUUAGUUGUUGUAGGAAUUAGCUGCUUAUUUUUGCUAUAUGUCGGCAUUAAAACAUAUAAGAGAAAAAAGUUGGAUAAAUCCAAAAUUAUAAUCAGAAGAUAUGGAAUUAAGACCCAUAGAAGUGACAUUGAAAUGGAACCUUUACCUCUAUCAGAUGAUGAGGAGGAUGAAACAUUGUUCGAUUUAACAGCGAGUAGGACGACAUAACUAAAACUAGCUUAAGUCUAACGAGGGUUAACCCAGGAUUGGGUAUUUUGGAGAUAUUUAUUAAUACGUUACAGUAACAUUUCCUAGUUGCCUUAUUACUUUAACGGGUGUAAAUAUGUAUAGCGCUUCUAAGAAGACUGAAUCAGCACUAUUCAGUGAUAUAUUUGUACUUUAUAAUACACUGUUAGGUUUUUUUUGUUUUACUUUAAUAUCAAGCAUUCUGUAAUAAAAAUGUUUUGUCGCAAUCUGGUUUUCCAAAGCUUUGCAUUUAUGUACUUAAAUAAUUUUUGAAUAUUCGAAAAAAGCUGGUUUUUAUUUAAUUCAAAUGGGAGAAACUGCAGUUGAGCUAGUCCUUAACGCAAAAAAAUUUAAAGUGUACUACAGUUAAAUUAUGAUAUAUUAUUAAUAAAUAUAUAAGUUGAAAUUUUAACCAAAUAUUUAAAUAACACCAUGUUUUAUGAAGUCACAAACAUCGAAAUAUAUUACUUACUUUUGC